UUGGGUUUAGUCAAUGGUGCUAUUGGUACUGUGAAGUCAAUUUCCAAAUCUAUUGAGAGUAAUCAAAUUCAGUUUAUUAAUAUAGAUUUUGCAACUGGUACAGAAUAUGCUAUUGAAAGAAUCAAAGUAAAAUUUUUAAUUUCAGAUAAAGCUUUUGUCGUAAGAGAACAGUUCCCGUUAUGUUUGAGCUAUGCUGUUACGAUCCAUAAAAGUCAAGGUUUAAGUUUAAAAAAUGCUGUGAUUGAAGCUGGCAAUACUAUUUUUAAUGCUGGUCAAUCUUACGUAGCAUUCUCCCGAGUAACAAAAAUUGAAGGAAUACAUUUAAUAAAUUUCGAUCCGUAUUCAAUUAAAGCAAAUACAGAGGCAAUUGUAGAGUAUAAUCGGUUAAGAAAAACUUAUAGAGCUGAUCUCCCAGUCCUUUUAAUUACAAAAAGACGUUGGUCUAAAGUAUGGGAUUUAAUUUGGGGAGUUGAAAAAUAUUUCGAUCAAAGUAAACAACAAAAUAUAAUUAAAAGAAAGUCAUGUAUUGAUUUCUUCAAAUUCCAUGGUAUAGAAAAUAGCGAUGGUAAUUCUAGCUGUAUCAAUUCUAUUUUCCAGUGCAUUUUUCAUAGUAGUAUAAUACAAUUAUUAUUAGAAAGUGAACAUCAAAAUACUGCACUCAGCACAGAGUUGUGCAAAUUAUUCCACAUGUAUACGAUUAAUAAAACAAUAUUAAAGUCUACUUUGAUAAAAGAGAAGAUAUAUGACCAUUUAAAUAUAGAUGACGGAACUAAUCCUUUCGCAAUACUUUCUACUUUAUUCAGUAAAAAUUAUGACAUUAGUAAGUUAGUGCAAUACGAACUAUUAAAGACUGAUCGUUGUAAGUCCUGUAAUUAUACAAUCAUGUCUAAAGAAGUUAAUAACAUUUUACCUCUCAAAGUUGGGAAUGCUACUAAAGCUUUUAAUUUACAAGAAUUAAUCGAUAAACAACAUGGACAUUGGUUUAAUACUUUAAAAUUUUGUAACAAAUGCCAGAAAGGACAAAAUACUUAUAGGAAAGUCACGUUUAAUUCCUGUCAACAAAUAAUAGUAAUCGCAUUAAAUAUUUCUGUCUCUAAAAUAAAUAAAAAUAAACAAACUGGCUUCAUAAAAUCUGUACCAACAUCCAAAAUAGUUCUUUGUGAUAAUUCAUACAGCGUAAUCAGUGCUAUAUUUUGUUAUUAUAUAGACAAUGAAAUAAAUCGCUAUAGUGCAAUAAUAAAAAACAAAUCAGCUUGGAUAGAAUUAGAUGAUUUAAAUGUUAAAUCAAUACGAUGGCCAACAAAUUCAAAAAAUGCCUGCAUACUAUUUCUUGAAAAGAAAUGA